AUGCGUUUUACAUCUCUGAUCUUCCUCAUCCCAGGCAUCACCGCCUACAUGGUGCCAGAAAAUGCCGUCGAUGGCAUGUACACAGUCUUUACCGCAGCAAAUGGCAGCGAGAUCCACACUCUUCUUCCAGAUGGCCUACUUGCCGAGAGAGACGCGCCCAUAAGUAGUGAUCUUGUCUUCCCAUCUUCAGCAAAGUUUCGACUUAAACGCCAGAACAACCCAGGUCCAAACCAAAUCACCUGCGGAACCACCGUUCUGGACGUGACGAGCACCAACAAUGCCAACAACAACAUAGAUACUCAAUGUGGCGCGGGAGCAACUGUUGGCAAGGGGAAAACUUUCUACGCAAAAUUCGGAAGCACAGUCUCCUUCUACUGCAACUAUGCCAAUGGAGCUAAUGUCUGCUAUGCUUCGGAGAGACAGCUAGCUGCAAACCUGAUCAAUGGCAACUGUGGUGGGUUUGUGGCUGGGUACGACCAUGUAGUCAAUAGGGCCGACACGUAUGGAUGGCAAAACAUGAACAUUUGCUUCUGCUUCUGCUGA